ACAAACAUGGCGGAUUUUGCGGAUUCGAAUCCUAUACCGUGAGAUGGGCUGUAAAUGCUCAAAGUUUUGUCGACGAACUCGAAAUGAAACAAAGAAAACUACAGGAAUCGAGAUUAAGGGGACUGGUAGUGGGAGAAAUGAUGAAAGAAAUCAAGAGUCAGGUUCAGAGCUCGAAGAGCGCCAACCUUUAACCGUAUGUGCGGAAGAUCAAGAAGCGAAAAACAGACUUACUCAAGUCGGAAUAAAUGAAGAAAUUGCGAACGAGCUUCUACUAUUGCGUGGAAAAGGUUCUCUCAAGACCACCAGAGAUAUUGUUGCUGUUUUGGAAAAAUAUAAUGCGGACUACAAAGUUGCAAUUGAGCAGCUGGAUAGCAACACUCUUGUUAGAGUGAACUCUUUGGGUAAUCUUAGUGUUGAAAAGGUCGAGAAAAAAGGUAUUUUUAGUUUUAAAAGCGUUGAGGAAAAAGGAUUUGUGGAUUCGGAGGAGAAAAUAGAUAUAAACACAGCAUCUGUGGAGCUUUUAGAGUCUAUAAAAGGCAUCGGAUCAAUUCUUGCUGGAAGGAUUGUAGCACACAGAGAAGAACAUGGCCCAUUUGCUGAGCUAGGAGACAUUGUUUCAGUCAGAGGAGUGAGCAAAAAACUUUUGGACAAUGUAAUGUCACAAGUGACCGUUACAUCAGCAAAGAUUCCUAAGAUCCCCAAAAUUACUCCCUACUUAAUUAAUAACAAUACCUUGCGGAUUGCAUCAUGGAAUUUGCAGUCCUUUAGUUCUGAUAAAGCAGAUAAUGCUGGAGUUAAAGAGGUUAUCUGUUGUACAGUUUUAGAGAAUGGACUUGAUAUACUUGCUAUCCAAGAGAUUGGUGACACUAAUGCUUUGAUUAAGAUCAAAGAUGAACUGAACAGCCCAACAAGUGAAACUGUAAAGACCUUGAAAACUGUUGAACAGCACUGGGAAUGUUGCAUUUCAGAUAUUUCAGGCAAAAUGUUUCGGUCAGUGGAAUACAAUGGAUUUUUGUGGAAUGCAGCAAGGGGUAUUAGCUUAAAGAGCUCUGCACUUCUCGAGAAACCUAAGGGGGGCCAAAAGCAGUUUGCCAGGAGGCCAUACCUUGGAUUUUUUAAGGCCAAGAAAUUUGAUUUUGUUCUCGUCAGUGUCCACUUAAAAGCAGCAGGACUAGGGAAUUCUGACUUAGAGAGACUCAAGGAAGAACUUGCUAGAGUUCCUGCGUUGAUAACAGCAUUACAAUCUCAUAUCCCAGGAGAGAAAGACAUGAUGGUUCUUGGAGAUUUUAACCUUGGACCAGAUCUAGAUAUGGAAGAAUUUGAUGCCAUGCGGGAAGGCGGGCUUGCUAAUUUGAUUUCAGCGUCCACUUUCACCAACAUAAGCACCAAAAACAUGGAAGGAUCCAAGAAUUAUGAUAACAUCUGGAUCAGCAAGCAUGCUAAAUCAAACCAUUUUACUGGGAAGUCAGGAGUGAUCAGGGAGCGUCUCACCCACCCCUCCAUACCUGAUGGUCGGUGGAGCUGGAAUGGUGUCGUCUCCGAUCAUUGUCCGGUUUGGGCCGAGUUCUAUUGCGAUCGAGAUUUCGACGACACCGAAGGCCUUGUGAGUGUCGAGGACAUCGCUAUUGAUGGAAAGGAAAUUAUCGACUAAUGCGAGUUAUAUUAUCAGAAAAAAAACUGCAAUGUAAGAUAGACUUUUUAAAAUUUAAUAUACUACGAAAGAUGGAACAACAAGAUCGGAGUUCCUGUGUUUAAAUGAACGCCACACAAACGCACAACUGAUCGGUUACUCUGCCUCUAAGGUGCAAAGUAACUUAAAGGCAUAGUAACUGACGAGAUCACAUAAUUCACUAGCUUCUUGCGCACUGCUAUGGUCAGUAGUAUCGAAAGAAGCGUGUUUUACAAAGCAGAAUAGGGAAGCGUGAAAUUUCUUUUCCACCAAGUAACAUGUAAUGUUUCCAGUAUCGGCUAGGUCUCCUGUAUCUUACUUUACCUGUUUAUCUUCUUCAUUUAUGAACUCUUGAUAUUUUAAGGUAGCCUGAUAACAACCUUCAACUGGCAGGAUAACAGUACCACGAAAAAUAUUAACAAAUGACUUUUUUAACAUUAUGAUUGACGUUCUCAUACAAAGCGAGAUAAACAUGACGAAAAUCGCGCUGAUCUUUUGAAGUUUACUGCCACGAAUUCCGUUUCCUUUGUAUUUUUUUUCCUCUGAGUGUUCCUUUUUAAUUGUUUCCAUAGUUUUCAGUCAUUUUUAUGCCAUAUUCAUCUUAGCUCAGCGAACAGUUACUCUACUUGUACCUUGUUAACAUACAAUCGAAUAAAACGAAUGA